AUGCAGAACACAGUGGCAUCAAAAAAGGAGAGCUCUGCCUCCACUGCGCAGUCGAUCAACGCUACUCCGUUCAGGCGCUACCUCACGCUCCUCGCCGUAAAACUACUGAAGCGCAUCCGAAAAAGCAGAGGUCCUGUAAUCUUUCUUUCGUCCAAGAUAUGCGUCAAAUGCGGAGGGCAGGUCACUCUCAACGAGGCAUCCACUAUGCAAUUCGUCGCGCAGCACACUUCAAUCCCAGUCCCUCGCGUAUACUGCGCCUUCAAGAGGAAAGGCCGAGUAUAUAUUGUCAUGGAGAGAAUACAAGGAGAGCCCAUCGGAGCCGGGUGGUACAAACGUUCAGAGGAAAGUAAAGCAAAACUACUUGAACAGCUCAAGAGGAUGAUUGAGGAAAUGCGCAGCAUCACGCCUCCAGAAGGGGUUGGUGUCGCUCAUGUAAAUGGCGGCCCGUUGUAUGCCCCACGGUUGCCUGGGACCUACUUGCAUUCUGGGCCUUUCAGCACCAUCCAGGACUUUCACAGCUACCUAAGAUUUGGCAUCGAAGCACAUCCAGAGCACAAGCCAGAGAUUAGUGAGCUUAUCUCUCGGCAAGAAAAAGUCCGGGACCCUCCAGUAUUCACGCAUGGCGACUUGAGCAGCUUCAACAUUCUUGUUUCUGGAGAUGAGAUUGUUGGCAUUAUUGAUUGGGAAACUGCUGGCUGGUACCCUUCGUACUGGGAGUACACCAGUGCCUGGGACGUGAACCCGUACAAUGAAUUUUGGCGAGAUGAGGUUGGCAAAUUCAUCCAGCCUAUGCCUGAAGAACUAGAGAUGGAGAGGGUACGGCUUGAGUACUUUGGCGACGUAUGA